CCAUUCAUAAUACUAAAAAAAAUCUAAGGUCAUGGACAAUGAACAAAUGAAAAAAAAAGUUAUUUAAAGAGUAAAAUAAAUUUACAUUUGAGUACUUAUUACUUGUUAGUUUUUUUAUUUAUUUUGUGCACUUUAUAAUCAUUCAACCAUCUCUAAAUAAAUGAACUGAUAAGGAUAUAUAUGAAUAGAUUGAUAAUUGACACAACUAAUUCUCAUUUUUCAAUGGAAAAUUGUAUACUAUUGUGUAAAUUUGUUUAGCCACUACAUAUAUAAACUCAGUGGUUAGCUACUUUGGUUUCCAGCACAAUUAUUUAGUGUCAUUUCAUUUAUUUACUCAGCUUUGAGCAGUAUUUCAGUUGUGUAUAUUUAAGGGUUAGCGAAACUAUUUGGCUUCAAACCUGUGAAAUAUUUAUUAAUGACUGAACACAGCUCUGCUAUCAAGCAUCUAUUUAACUUUCAUCGAAAUGUUUAGGUGAGAUAUGGGUUAUAUAGAAUAAGUAUUCUGAUAAAACUAGAUACCAACACCUGAAUUUCUCUCCAGCUACUUAGGUUUGAGAGAGGGUUGGUAGUAAUAACAAUUAAAGUAUGUUCUACGGAGCUGAGAUAAUGAACCUGUACUUGGUAAAGAAUUGCGUGCACAUUUUUAAAGUUUACUUGAGUAAUGUUUAUUCAACAUAUUAAGUGACACAGCCUUUAGUUUCGAAUCGAUAUUUUUUAUAAUCGACGUAUGUACAAUAAUGAUGGGAAGUUUUUUAUAUAUUCGAUUCAUAUGAUUUCUCUAUAUUUUCGUUUAUAAUUCAUCCAUUAAAUCAUCAUUAAAAUCCCAUUAGCAACUGGUAAAUCAGUGAUUAGCAUUAAAAUGAGUUUCAUUGGAUACUUCAAAGAUACCACUGAGAUCUUCAUUUAUGCUGAAAACAAUAUAUUACUUUCUAUGACUUCACGAUUAGUUACACGGAUGAAUCAUAAGAGUAAUAAAAAGUUGAUUGAAGAAAUCCUUCUUCAACUUCUCAACUUGGAAUUGUUUCACGUCCGAUCUCCAUUGAACUCUAAUCAUUGUUAGUGUAAUGAAUUAGUGUGAAAUACCAUUCCAUGGUUCGUAUGACAGAUUUUUCGGUAUCCUUAUAUACAUAUCUGACAAAAAACAAUCCAUUAAAAGUCCAAGAUGUAAUCCGGGAUCUUAAUGUCUAUUUUAAGCUAAUUUUGUAAAGUAUCUUAAGUAAUAACUUUAUUUUGUAAGUGAUAUUUACUACGUUUUAAUCUUAUUUGGGGGUAUCACAGAAAACCAGAGAGAACUGGAGACGUUUCAUCUUAGUAUAUGAUUCAGCAGUGAGCAUCGACGAUCACGCCAGGACCUUCAGAUCCGAGGAACGAAAAUUUUUAGUUUCCGCCAAUUUACUUAAUUCACUUUGAAGACCAACUUGGAAUGAUAAAUGAGUUGAUUGAAUACAGAAAGCAAUAGUCAUCAAGUUUCAUACUCCGUAACUCGUGACACAUUUAUUCACAACUGUCUUGAGGUAGAUAUUUUGUUGUCAAGAGAUCGAGUAUUGAAUUGUCCCAAUUUUUUAAAAUUCAUUCAAUCAGUAAGAUAUUUUUGUGUCAUACAAUGAAAUGACAAUAGUUUGUCGGUCGAAAGCUUAGGUUCAAUAAUUAUCGGGAAUACACAUUUCGGUAGUGAUCAUGCCAACUUACAAGUGACUUUUAGUAUUCAGGGUGCUUUUAAAUCGAUAUUGAUUGAAAUAAUUGAAAUCAUUUUGAUUAUUAUGACAUACUAAAGCGUUAAUUUGACCAUUAAGCUACUCGGUAUUCAACCAGUAGGUUACAGGUUCCAAUCCUCUUUUGAUAUAAUUCGAUAUUCACAGCAUAGUGGUGUUCUUAGUCCUCAAAAACAGAUAAAUAGUAUUGUGGCUUAAAGUUGAGUAUUUCGUAAAUGAGUUACAUUACAUUAUAACACUGUUAGUAGGAUAUGUACUAUACCAUUCUUUAUGAAUAGUUACCUUUAGUUGCUUGAAUUAAGGAAUAUAAUUUAGAGGGGAACCUUUAAUCCUCUCUCCUACGAUCAGUAACAGUUUAUUGUACCCAUGUCCUCUAUGCAUUAAGUAUCGUUUUCAUAAUAUUGUCCGUAAUGUAUUCUGUUGAUCUAUUUCAAUUUUCUUGGUGUUUGAUAGAAUUGUUAAUUAUUGCUAUUGUUGACGUCACAAUUAAACAGAAUACACCCACUGAGAAAUAAAUGUGGAAAGAAUGGUUCAAUAAAGUAUUGUUUUUUUGUCCAAUUCAUUUUCAAAGCUGUACAAUCGCAAAGAUAAUCGGUAAUAUGUAUGAUAAAACUCAAAAUAUGGUUAUGAAAAGCUUGAAUAUUCCUCGAGACCAGCAAACAUAUUGGAUAAAGAAUAGGGACUGUAGAAAAUGGGAUGGAAAACAUGAUAUGAUUAAAUAAAAUGCAGUCGAAGAGAGAGAGACAGAAUAACUCAGUCAUAUGUAGAAAGUGAACAGAGAGAUAGAAAGAUGGGAAAGAUUAUGAUUUUAUAAAACCAGGAGUUAAUUAAGACUAUGAUAGAAGACAAGUUCGAGAAGAAUCCUUUAGUAUAAAUAGCUCACGUUUUUCUAAAUGUUAAUAUAGUAAAGGCUUCAGCAAUGGUAGGAAAAAGGAAGCUCACUGUUUUUGGCGAAUUUCUAUCAUUCAACUUUUAGAUAACUUUUUAUUCUGAGUUUGUUUUGAUCGAUUGAUUUGUUUAAUAACGGUUCGCGUCAUAUCGCCUUCACAAAUGUUUUUGAAACCACUUGUAAAGAAUUUACUAGUCCAUACUUCUACUACUUAGUAUUCUCAAAUUAUUGACUAUUUGAACUUUUUGAGUGAUUGAGUGCUCAGAUGGGGAGCAAUCAAAAUGGAUAUAAACUUGAAUGUGACAGGAACAUCAAAAUUCACUAUGACAUACAUAAUUCAUGUUCACUUAUUAUCAGUGGGUACCGUUUGUACUUGGCCUACAGUGCAUAUUAUUUUAUAUUCCACAUAUUGCUUGGCAAGCUGCUUGCGCUUGUCGUUCUGGCGGUGAUAUGUUUUCGUUAGUAAAAUCAGCGGCAGAUGCUGCCAUACUAUCUCGAGAUGAUCGUCAGAAAGCAGUAGCUCGUGUAGCGGAAUUCAUCGAGGACAUGAUUGGAAUGCACAAAGAAUGUCGGAAAGGUAAACGUGCUAAACUGACUAAAACAGCUGCUCAAUUUGGUGGGAUAUUUGUAGCUAGUAAAAGACUCGGUACACACUUGAUAUUUUCUUAUUUAUGCGUAAAAAUUGUUACAAUUAUUAAUGCUGCAUUACAACUAUUUUUAAUUCAACGAUUUUUGGGCUUUUAUUCAAAUGGCAGUGCAAGUCGACGUAGCUUACAAUUAGGCAAAGUGACUGAUUUUAAAGCAUUAAAUGAUUUAUCCUAUUCAGAAAAUGAAAAUGUUGAAGGUUAUGGAUUUGGUUUAACUGUUGUUAAUCAUAUACGUUCUGGACGUGAUUGGCCUGAAACUAUGCUAUUUCCACGUGUAGCAUAUUGUCGUGUACCGGGUAUAAGAUUAGUUGGUGUAAAAAAUUCAUAUACUGCACAAUGUGCAUUACCUAUAAAUAUGUUAAAUGAAAAAAUUUAUAUAUUUUUUUGGUUUUGGAUUGUUUUCUUACUGAUCAUAUGUAUUCUUAGUUUGUUAUUAUGGCUAACACGUAUGAUUUUAGCAUCAAAACGUAAAAAUUUCAUUAAACGUUAUCUUAGAUUAAAAGGUAUUCAUUCAUUAAAAGGUGAUGAAUUGAAACAAAGUGAUUUAGAUGAAUUUAUUGAUAAAUAUUUACGUGCUGAUGGUGUAUUUAUCAUUCGUAUGUUAACUAUUAAUUCAGGUGAUAUUAUUACAGGAGAAAUUGUCACUGAAUUAUAUAAUAACUUUAUGAAUCAUUAUCAUAAUAUACAUCCAAUUGAUAAAGAACAAGAUUUAAUGAAACCGGAAAAAAUUGGUUUUACUAAUCUUGUUUAAUGAUGCUUGUUAAAUUUUUCUUUUAAUCUAUGUGAAUACGAUAUAUCAUGUUAGUUUACUGGAAGAAAAAAUAAAGAAUAUGUCAAAUAAACGACAACAACCACAACAACAACAACAACAAUAAUGUUCAUUUAAAACAACAUUGAACUAAAAGAGAUUCGAAUUAUUUGUGAUUUACAUUGACAACAACAAUAAGAACAUUCAUAUUUUGAUUAACCUUUUCACUUGUUUCUUUUUUUUUUCUUUCUUCUUACUGAGGACAAAAUAUAAAUUAUUUUCUGAAAAAUAAAAAAAAAAUCAAGUUUGUUUAACGUUAGCAAUAGACGUUUUUAUUAAAAUCUUAGGUAUUAUUGUCAUUACUAUUACUAUUAACAUGAAUACGACUAUUAUUAUUAUUAUUAUUAUUAUUAUUAUUAUUAUUAUUAUUAUUAUUACUAUUAUUAGAAACUCUUUGAAAUUGUCUGCUAAUUAGCUGUGAAAACUUUAUUAGUAAUUAUUCUGAUAUUUUCUUUUAUAUUUUUCUAUACAACGGAUUACUAGAAUUGGCACCUUAAAUAUUUGUGUGCGUAUAUGUUUUUUUUUUUAAAAAAAAGAUAAAUCUUUUAAUAUAAUACAUCAGACUAGUACAAUC